AUGGCACUAGUAUCCUAUUCCGACUCGGAAGCCUCCGACUCCGAACCCGAAACCACCACAAAGCCAACCACCACAAGCACAAGCACAAAACCGACCACCGCCGCCGCCGCCGCCGCAAAACCCAAACUCGUCGAUAGCAGCAACCCGCGCAAGAUCCGCGUCGCGCUGGACCUCAAACCCGAAGAUACCAAUGACAACAACGAGGAUGGGCCCGCGCGGAAGAAAGCAAGGAUAGGCGGUGGGGGUGCGUUCGCGGGGUUCAAUUCGUUUUUGCCUGCGCCGAAGAGGGCUGCGCCCGCUGCUGCGGCGGCGGCGGAGAAGAAGGGUGCUGCUGCGGCGGGGCGGAAGGUGUUUAGUUUGAAGACGGGGGCUGCGCCGGGGUUUGAUCGCGGAUUGGAUGAGGAGAGCCGGAAUGAGUGGGCUAUGGAACAGGCGGCGGGUUCGAGUAGUGCUCCUGGUGGUGAUGAUGAUGGGACGAUUCCCAAGGCUGGGAGUUUGAGGGAGGAGGCUGGCGACGGUGGGCUGCAGAUGAAGAAGCCGGAGGAGGUGAAGUUGAAAGGGAACCCGAUGAUGUUUAAGCCGUUGUCUGUUGGGCGGGGGACGCAGAAGAAGAAGAAAGUUGUUGUUUCGUCGAAACCGGUCGAGACUGCUGCACAGGAGCCGGUCUCGGAACAGCCUAGGCCUGCUGCUGCUACUGCUGCUUCUGCUCCUGUGCAGCCUCCUGCGCCGAAACCGAAAGUGAGUCUUUUCUCGCUCGGGUCGAGUGAGUCCGCCACGAGCGUCGCUCCGGGUCUUCAGGCGCAGAGCGCGGCGUAUGAGCCGUUGGUGUAUACUGCGGACAAGGAUGCACCGCAGGCCGGUCCGGAGGUAGAACGUGAGCCUCAGGCUCCAGCUGUGUCGUCGGAGCCGGCGACGGCGCAGACGUUGGAUAAUAUUGCGGAUGAUCUGAACCUUUCGCGGUCUCAGCGACGGCACCUCUUUGGUCGCAAUGCGGACGCCUCGAAAUCGCGGAUCCUUCAUUUCAACACCGACAAGGAGUACAUUGCCAACCAGGAGAUGGCACACCAGACCGAUAUGGCGGCGCUUCAGCACAACCCGGUUCGCGCCAUUGCUCCUGGAAAGCACACGCUGCAACAGCUGGUCAAUGCGGCGAGUUCUCAGCGGGAAGCUUUGGAGGAGAGUUUUGCAUCUGGGCGAAGGAACAAGAAGGAGGCUGGGUCGAAGUAUGGCUGGUAA